UGACUAAACCGAAAACCCCUAGCUCGAAAUAGGCGGGAAAGUGGAUAAACAAACGUAAUGCCGGUUGUUAUCCGCCCUUAACAUUACUCCUAGCCUUUUUACUGCGUUGUUUGUCGUGUAACGUGGCAAAAUGAACACCGAUUACUUGAAACGCUCCCCCUUGAAGCAAUUUGCGAGCCUACGCCCCUACACCGUCAUCGUGGAGGGUAACAUCGGCUGUGGCAAAACCACUUUUUUAAACUAUUUCCAACAAUUCGACGAUGUUAAUGUACUCGCGGAACCUGUGAAUAAGUGGCGAAACUGCAAUGGGUACAACUUACUUGAUAAAAUGUACUCUGACCCAAAAAAAUGGAGUUUUACGUUUCAAUCUUACGUCCAGUUGACUAUUCUGCAGCAUCAUACCAUGAAAACGGGACACCCAAUUAAACUAAUGGAACGAUCAAUUUACAGUGCUAGACAUUGCUUUGUGGAGCAAAUGGCCAGGAAUGGGUCCAUUGAGCGUGCCUCGGUGUCGGUGAUGGACGAGUGGUUCAAAUGGGCCAAAGAAAAUUGCGACUUAUCGGUUGACCUUAUUGUUUACUUGAAAACGACCCCAGAAACGGCGUACCAGCGCAUGUUGGCACGCAACAGACCUGAGGAGCAGUAUGUGCCCCUUGAAUACUUCCAAGAUAUACACAACUUGCAUGAGGAGUGGUUGCUUCAGAAAAGAUUUGAGUGCCCGGCCCCUGUCCUGAUUAUUGACGCCAAUUUGGACAAAUCAGGUAUCAUGGAGGAAUACUCCAAGUGCAAAGCACAAAUUUUCACAGAGAGAGAACUAAAAGUUGCGCUUUAAUUCACUAUUAGUAUUUUUUAAUUCACAAAUUAGGUAUCUAAUUUCCCGGCCUCAAAGGCCGCUGCACAUUACAUUUCAGGGACGUGUGUAUUCAUUAGCUUAGGUUUUGUAAUUUUAAAUAAAAUAUUGCGAUUUAAA